AUGCUUGAAAUUCGAGAUGCAUCUAUUCCAAAGGACAGUUUACUUGGAGAUGCAAUGCCUGAUUCAUCUGUUCUUGAUGUGAGUGAUAUUCCACGUCAAUGUGGUCUAUUAUCAAAUGAUGAAAUUGUUAUUACUGAAAAUUACACAGCUACGCAACUUGUUAAUCUAUUGGCGCUAGGUCAAUUAACAGCUGAACAAGUCAUGAGAGCUUAUCUAAAACGAGCUGGUAUUACUCAUCAAUUGACGAAUUGUGCUACAGAAUUUCUUGGUGAAGAAGCGAUCAAACGAGCUAAAUAUUUGGAUGAAGAAUUUAAAAGACAAGGAGGACCCGUAGGUGCACUUCAUGGUUUACCGAUCUCUCUCAAAGAUUCUAUCACUAUGCGUGGUCGACGGAACAAUGCAGGUUGGAUAAAAUGGAAUAAUAGAAUAGCUGAAGAUGAUGCUCUCAUUUUGAAGAUUCUUCACGAAGCAGGUGCCAUCUUCUAUGUUCGUACUACACAACCACAAAGUUUGAUGCAUCUGGAAUGUAGCAGUCCAAUUUAUGGUACUACUGUCAAUCCAUUUAAUCGAAACUUAACUAGUGGUGGAAGUACAGGUGGUGAAGGCGCUUUACUUGGCCUGAAAGGUAGUCCGAUGGGAAUUGGAACUGAUAUAGGUGGAAGUGUACGUUCUCCAGCUGCUAAUAAUGGAGUUUAUGGAUUAAAACCAACUACUUUUCGAAUACCAAGGCAAGGUUUAAUGGGAGCACAAAUGGGAAAAGAAAGUAUUAUUAGUACAAUUGGUCCACUUGCUCGAUCCAGAGAAGACAUUAAUUUAUUCAUGAAAACGAUACUUGACACAGAACCAUGGUUACGAGAUCCAUCGCUUGUUCCUAUCCCUUGGAGAUCGAUUACAUUGGACUCGAAAAAUUUCACGGUGGCUGUCAUGUGGGACGAUAACGUUGUACACCCUCAUCCACCGAUUACUCGAGCUCUUCAUCAAACUGUGGAGCAUUUGAAAAAAGCUGGCAUUCGAAUUAUUGAUUGGGAACCAAUUGAUCAUCAAAAAGGUUGGGAUUUAAUUAGUGCGUUAUAUUAUUGCAAUGGAGCGGAAGAAGAACGAAAUCUAAUGACAGAAGUAAAUGAACAACCGCUACCAUUAACAGAAUGGAUUCUUAAUCAGUCACAAGUGAAAAAAAGAAACUGGACAGAAAUGAAUGAACUGAUCUCACAAAGAGAAAAUUAUCGAAAGCAUUAUGCACACAUAUGGAACGAACGAGAAACUUCUCUAAAUUGUUCUAUCGAUUGUCUUCUAACACCGGUCGGUCCAUCGGCAGCUCCCCAACAUGGUACAGCCAAAUGGUGGGGCUAUACCUCUACAUGGAAUCUUCUUGACUAUCCAGCUGCUGUUUUUCCCGUUAUGACUGUCGAUCUCGUUAAAGAUCAAGUUGAAACUGAUUAUAAACCUCGAAAUGUACUUGAUGAGGAAAAUUUUAAAUUGUAUACGUCAGCCCAAUCCUAUGUUAAUGCUCCUAUUGCAUUACAAGUUGUCUGUCGACGAUACAAUGAUGAAAAAUUAAUGAAAUGUGUUGAAAUAAUUGAACGGGCAAUGGGAAGAGAAUAA